AUGAUGCCGAAUAGAAGCAACCUCCCCUCCUUUCAGAACAUUGGAUCAGAUUCCAGUAAGAUUAUGGAAGAAUAUAGCCACACACAAAACCAGACAGAAUUACAAAAUGCUGGUUUGGGAAAGGGAUGUGUGGCAAAUUCCCUUGAAAAUGGUCUCCAGGAUAUUAUGGAAAACCUCAACCCGAAGAAAUAUUCAUCAAGUCUCAAAUUUAAAACAAAUGGGGACUAUGCUGGCUCGUAUUUAACACUUUCACAACCUAUGCCAGUGAAACCUAAUUCUUCCCCCAGUGUGAAAAAUACACACUCUAUUACCAAAAUUCAAGGAGGCAAGCAGUUUCCCUGUGAAAGCCCGUAUCUUCCAGAUAAAAGCAUCUCUGUAAAGCAUUUGGGUUCUGUAUCGGGCACAUCCUUUGGUGGGUACAAUUUAGGAAGGACAGACUUUGACAUUCAUGCCAGCAGAGAAAAUGAAAAAUAUCUUGGACACGUGGAUAAGUUUCACUACUCAAAGUACAGUCAGAAAAACAAAUCGUAUGACAAUGUCUACUUCCCAGGAAUGCUGGAGACAAAGAAGAUCUCGGGCUCUCUUCUGACCAUGUGGAAUGGAAGCUCAGGGAACGAGCUGAUGCUUUCACAUGCUAGCAAUUCAGGGGCGGCCAGCAUGCCUUCUAGCCCAAAGCAAGGCAGGAGGAUGAAUGUGGAAGAUAGCCUGGCCCUUCACAUAAAACCAGUUAGGCACAAGGAUGUGAUGAUGGAGCCUCUGGGUUCACGGCCUAGGAAGUACUCUGGUGGUUCUCUCAGUCAUAUGGGAAUGUACAGUCGUUCCCUACCCAGACUUUAUAAAUCAACAGAAAACCAGUUGGUGCCAUUAAGUUUGCCCCCCAGAAGUUCUCUGGGUAAUACUAAAAGGAAAAAACUUGGAGAAAAAGAUCUACCUCAGAAUGCUUUAGAUGCUGAUAAUUACCUGCAUUUUUCUUCUUGCAGCUCAGGGUUUUCACCGCAUGCAAACUCGGUCUCUGGGAACAAUCCCUACGUCAGUUCAACUCUUAGUGUUCCUGCAAGCCCUCGAAUUGCUAAAAAAAUGCUUUUAGCACCUUCCUCCCCAUAUCUUUGUGAUGAUUUCGAUAGACUUGGGUUCUCAGGAACAAGUCCCAGUAGUUCUUUCUCUCCAGUGGAUUUUGACAGGUCAUUCUCUGUCCGAAGAAACCUUUCCACCAGUUCUGUGGAACUUGAUGACACAGAUCUGGAAAGUUACAGGCAGACCCCAAACUCGCUGCAGACAACCAUGCGAGAGCGUAAGAACAGCAUUAGCUCCAUUUCGGGAAGAGAGGACCUCAUGGACUAUCACAGGAGGCAGAGGGAGGAGCGGCUUCGGGAGCAGGAGAUGGAACGGCUGGAACGACAGCGGCUGGAGACAAUCCUCAAUCUGUGUGCAGAAUACUCCAAAUCUGACAGCGACCCUGCUGCGGCUACAACCGUGGCUGAUGUUCAAAAAAUUAACAAAGAACUCGAAAAACUUCAGCUCUCUGACGAGGAUUCAGUGUUCGAGGACUCACAGAUGAAUCUGGAAACGAGGUUCAGGAGCCACUUGAAGUCGUCCGCAAGCGAUUCGGACUUCUCGGAGCUGAGCAGCCACAGCCAGAGCCGCAGCACGGCUGCUCUCCCCCCAGCCAGAGGGUUGAGAGCAGAUGAGCACUUCCACGACAGCGCGAAGCCCCCACCUUUCGCUGAUGCCAGCUUCCUGAAGGAUGCCACGGAAUCCUCCUACCUAAGCAUCACACCAAAGAUACCAGAAUGCUCAGGUGAUGAGCAGAGAGGGCAGGAGCUCGGCCGACUGGAAGAGGAGCGCAUAGUAAUACUAAAUAACUUGGAAGAACUUGAGCAGAAGAUCAAAGAUUUAAAUGACCAGAUGGAUGAAUCCUCGAGAGAGUUGGAUAUGGAAUGUGCCCUUUUGGAUGGGGAACAGAAAUCUGAAACAACAGAGCUGCUGAAGGAGAAGGAAAUAUUGGAUCAUCUAAACAGAAAAAUAGCUGAGCUGGAAAGAAAUGUGAUUGGUGAAAAGACAAAGGAAAAAUUAAAACUUGAUGCUGAGAGGGAAAAACUAGAGAGGCUUCAGGAGCUUUACUCCGAGCAGAAGACGCAGCUUGAUAAUUGCCCUGAGUCCAUGAGGGAACAAUUACAGCAGCAGCUGAAGAGG